UUUUUACAUUUAAAAGAUGCGCCGUGAUCGUGUUCUUUGCGCAAAGAGUUUCUAGAGUGUAGGCACUUGAGGAGAUUCCGGGGCAUGUCUUUAUUUAUCUAUGGGCCAGUAAAUUCCUUUUUUGGGAAUAGGGUUCCAGCUUUUAACAGCGGGACCAUGUCAGAAACUACUCGUUUUCUUCUUCUAUUCCUCUAACCGUCACCGAAACAUACCAGCUAUUCCUUUUUUCUGUUGCUUCUCUUUUGUUAUAAAUGGUGACCAUAUGUAAUCUUUUUGCCUAUAAGAGUACAAGACUCUUGCAGAGAACUCACAUGGGAGUUGUGGGGCUCUUUGAGCAUCAACCAAAGGUGUAGAAAGAUACCCAAAGCAAGAGGGGACACGAUCUCUUUUAGGGUCGCUGUGAAGAUUGGAUUGGGUCAAGUGUUUCACCUUUCCUGUCCAAGAUUCUAUGCUUCACCUUCGCUAUUUCCUUAUAAUGUUAGCCAAUGCGCCCUGUGCAGUAUGGCUUACCCAUCGAACUAGAUGAGGUAGGGAAGAGAGAGAGAGUCCUCUGAAAGUCACAGAGAACUUGAGGCUGCUCUACUGGGAGAAUCCAUCGUGGUUUCCUAGGAUAGCAAAUUUUAGUGAGAAGGAAAUUCCAUUUCAGUCAAUUGAAGAUCAAGCUGCCCAAGACAAGUUGCAACUGCAUACAACGAACAAAGAAAAUUAUUCUUCUAGAGAGUGAGGCCAAAUGUACUAUCAAGGCAAGAACUGCUUCUCUUCUUCAAGGGCAACCAUGCCCCCCGAGAGACCAUUGCUUUUGCAUGGUGCAAACAUUCAAGGAGACCCAGGACUGGUACUCUCAACUGAUGCGAAGCCUCGACUCAAAUGGACCCCUGAGCUUCAUGAGCGCUUUGUAGAAGCAGUCGCACAGCUCGGAGGUGCAGACAAGGCUACCCCAAAAAAUGUAAUGAGGGUGAUGGGCAUCCCUGGACUUACACUGUAUCAUCUAAAAAGCCAUCUUCAGAAAUAUAGACUCAGCAAGAAUCUACGGUCACAAUCAAAUGGUUCCGACAAGAAUGGACCAGCGGCAGCAGCAGAAAGAAUGUCUCAUACCAAUGGGCCACAUAUGGGAAUGGCAAACAUGGCCGUGUCUGGUACAAAUAAGGGCUUGCAAAUCAAUGAAGCGCUUCAGAUGCACAUUGAGGUGCAGAGAAGGUUGCAUGAACAACUUGAGGUGCAGAGACAUCUACAACUCCGAAUAGAAGCUCAAGGGAAGUAUUUGCAGUCGGUGCUCGAGAAAGCCCAAGAAACCCUCGCGAAACAAAACCCUGGUUCUUCAGGACUGGAGGCAACUAGGGCUCAAAUCUCCGAACUGGUAUCUCAAGUAUCGGCAGAAUGCCUCAAUUCUGCUUUCUCUGGUUUGACAGAGGCACCCAGCUUAAACAACCAGCAAGCACAGAAAUCACAUUUAGCAGAUUGUUCAAUGGACAGCUGCUUAACUUCAUGUGAGGGACCCCAAAAGGACCAGGAAACACAAAACAUUAGCAUAGGCUUGGGCUAUCACAGCAAUUCACUCUUGUGGCAAAAAGCAGAGAGAGAAGAGUUUCGGGUCCAACGGCCCAAUCAUUCAACUGGGGAAAGCCUUAAAGAUACUAAGCAUUACUCUCCAUCUCCCGAAAGGAAAAUGCAUCUAUUAACAAGCAGCUUUGGUGAUACAAUUAACAAUGUGAGAGCCCCAGGAGAUAAAGGUGCUUGCAGCACCAACUCCGAUGCAAGAAGAAAAGAGAGAGGUUUUGAGGGUGCUUGUGGUGAGCCCCCACGUAAGAGAUCAGUUGCUUCAAGGACACAAGCAUUAGAUAUAGAGCAAACAGAAGUGUUUGACAGACUGUCCAACCAUACUGCAGUUCUAGACUUAAAUGCUCAUGAUGAAAAUGAUGCUUCUUCCGAAUGCAAAGAAUUCGAUUUGAAUGGUUUCAGCUGGAGCUGAACAGUUGUAUAAUUUAUAUUUUCAUACAUUCUAGAAGAUGAUCAACUCAAAUUAAAUCCGUUAGAUAGUUUUUGCCCUGUAAUAGAAGGUUUGAUAAUCUUAAAUAUAUGCUGGUUGGCCAAAAGCUCGCGUCCAUUGUGGUACAUAAAUAAUAUUUCCAAAUUGCCGCAGCACAAAUCAAACAAAUAAUAUUUGAGAAAUGGUCAUUGUUUUUAUCCAAAUCAAAACUAAAUGGUGUUCAAGGAAAAGAGAAACCCACCAUGAUUCCAACAACGCUAAUAACUUUUAGGGAUAACAAGAAAGAGAUAAUUAUAAUCAGGGGUGUUGCGCUACUCUUAAGGGUGGUUUCCAAAAUGAUUCUCAGGCCAUUCCAUUUCACAGGUUGCUGCUUUCGGAUUACAUUUUUAGGGCCAUCUUAGGAUUAUGCAUCAUUUCAUAUCUGAUUUUCAUGUCAUGCCUUAACCUCAGUAACACGUCCAUGAACCCAAAAUCCCUGGUAAUCAACUUUCAGUCACCAUCAUGCAGCUAAAAGGAGAGAAGGAAGUAAAAUCAGGGUUGGUGCUCUUCUCUUAAAAUGGCAGUUUUCUACUAUUCUUAGCCAAUUCCUUUCCAAAGUUUGUUGCCUCCACACUCUUGGUCAUGUUCUUAUUCCCAUUUGCACCAUGAACUUCGCUUCUUAGGCUACCCAACACAAGAAAAAGGAAAAUUCCAUCGAGUUCUUUUCAGAAAUUAUCAUCAGGAACGGGUUUCCCUUAGGUUUAAUACUCAAUGUAUCAAAUGAAUUCUACCAAGAGUGUCUAGCAAAAAGCACCACUCCCACUACCACUUUAGGCAAAAGUCAUAGAGCCCCUGAAGAUACUAAUAUGGUAGACAAAGAAAUGGUGGAUCUUGUCUAUAGAACAGUGUCUUCCUCUCUUAAAAAACAAUUGAAGGUUCAUGCAACCAUUGACACUAUGCUAUAAUAUUAGUCGGCAGACUGCAAACAUGAAUAUUAUUCAAAUGUUAGAAGUCCAAA